UCCUAUACAGACGGUUCCCCCUUUCUGUCUGUCAGCUUGUAAGUGCUUUCUCUUCUGGAACUAUACAGUACUAACUGAGCCGGAAACAGCUAUUUAAAAAGUGAUUAUAGUGUGACAUUUUUGUUUGACCUAACAUCAAGCCAUGUGCAGCUUAAAUGUCAGCAAAGCUAUUUACUACAGGGACAGACAGGCCCUAGCAUGCUUAAACCUACCCAGCGUCUUAACAGUGGCUGCUGUCUCCACUCGGUGCACAUGAAUGCCGCCCAAGCCGGGAUGUGAAGCACCGCGCUCCGUGCGCUGCCGUGAUCGACUGAUGCGCUGGGUGGCACAACGCGUUCAGCAACAGGCGCACAGGGAGGAAGGCGAAAUAAUGCAUAAUUAAAGCCAAUCUCAGGUUAGAAAGCAGAGGCCCAUGCAAAAGGUUCCCUCACAUUAGCAACAGCACGCCUAUGGCCGAUGUGUUUUGUUCAGAGAUGUCUGAAAGGCUCAAAUAUUUGGCCAAAAAUAGCAAAGCAGAUUUUUUUUUGUUAGUGUGGGAGCGGUACCGGCGGCGUGAGAGAGGAGCGAGUGCCGCCCCGGCUGUGGCCAGCGAGCCUGCCCGCAGAGGAGCCCCUGGAGCCCCGCAGCGGAGCGCUGCGGCCUCGGGGUGUUCCCCUCCCCCGGGGCUGGCAGGGCACAAAUCGGGCCGCCCAGCGGCGGCUGCCAGGCAGGGUGACAGAGGGGAAGGGAGGCUCCACAGCCCUGUCACCAGCCGUCAAAAUAAUAGCCAAGCAGUGCGGGGGGGCAGGAAGGUAAGGCAGCGAGUUACGUGCACGUCUCGCAGUGUGAGAACCGGCGGGAGCCUCAGACGGCGGCGGGCUGCAAGCACGGCCACCGCCGCAGGGACAGACAGACAGACAGCGCUGAGCGCUGCCGGAGCUCAGGGACACAAUGCGCUCAGUGCCGUGCAGCGGAUGGAGAUAAGUACGCUCGCAGGAAACCAGAAAGAGGCUGCAGGAGACAGAAAGAAUGUUGAAGAAGCUCUAUUAGAAAGAGACCUAUAAAAGACAAGAAAGCACUUAAGAACAGUGUGCAUUAAUUUAUGAAGAACAAAUCCCACUUGGCCAACCUGACUGCAUCCUCUAACAAAAUGGUUUACUAUUGUGGACAAGGAUGUAGCAGUGGACACAAUCGAUCUUGACUUCAUUACAGUGGUUGAAAUUAUUUCCUGCAGCACUUUCACUCACAAACUGAGGAACUAUGGUAUGAACAAGAUGUCUAAUAGAUGCACUGAAAAUGGCCUAGGCUGAGAGGCUCAGUGGGUGGCACUGGUGGCUUGGCAAUGUGCCUGAAGUACCAAAACAGGUUGAGUACUCUAGGGAUUGAUACAAGGGUCUAUAUAGAGCAUUGUCAUAUCAAAAAUCUGGACCACAGGACAGGAUGCACUCUCAGGCUAUUUUAAGGUAACGCUAAGUUAGGAGGGAUCGCUGACACACUAAAUAUUAGAGCUUAAAUUCUGAGGGACUUUAGGCAGCUUCUGGACUGGUCUGGCAGAAGUUUCAACAUGUUUAACACAGAGGAACACAAGGAUAAAUGCUCAGUUCUGGAUCUAAGGCCAAAUAAGCCCUUCUAUUGGUACCAACUGUGAAGAAACAGCUGGCUAGCAGCUUCAUCAGAAAGGACCUGAAAGCAAAGUCCAACACAAGCACAUAGCCCGCUCUCAUCCCAAAGAGGGGAAAUAGCCUACAUCAGGAGUACAGCCAGUGUGCUGAGGAAAGUUCCUGUCCCCCUUCGCUUGGUGUUGGUGAAGCGCUGGCUGGACACAGGGCUCACUUUGGUGCUUUCUCAGAUCAAGUCAGGGCACCUUCAGUGAAAGCUACCAAGACAGCCGAGACCUGAAUCACAUCACCGGGAAGGAGGUGUUGGGGUAUCCCGGGCCUGCCUUGCCUGCUGAAGAGUUCAAGGCCCAUACAAGAGCAGGCUGCCUCUGCCUGGAGGGGGAUUUCAAUACAGGGGAGCUAAACUUCCCUUGGGAGUGGCAUGCAAUACCAUGGGGAACUGUGGGCACAAGGAGAUCCAAAGAGGACAUUAUGAAACAAACUGGGGAAGGCAGACAGCCUGCACAAAGUAUGAAAUUUCUAUUUUCCAUGGUUUCAAGAGCUGUCAAGACAAAUUUGCACAGAUGUGAUUCACUUCAACCAGGAAAGCUGUACUGCAACACUGUCCUAGGGUGACUUCAUGAUGCUUGUAUCCCCAAUCAUCUGUUCUGUCUGUGCUAUUUACUGAGUUCUAUGCCCUUAAGAACUGGCUCUGAGAGCGAAGGAGGGAACGAAGAAGCACCAAGUUUUUUUUGAAAACAGCUCUCACUCCUGCACAUUCCUCUCCGGACUGUGUUUGUCUGAAGCACAGACCGGCAGCCGGGACAGAGAUCUUUGUUGCUUUUUAGUUAGUUUAGCUAGCUAAGGCAGAGAAGUUCCCUGGACUGGUUUUUUUUUUCCUUUUUCUUGGGACUCUUUAAAUCUGCUCCAGACUGAAAACGCCAGAGAAGCACCAAGGGCUGGCACCUGCGGCCCACCGGGCCUGGGCCUCCAGAGGGACUGGGGCUGAUAAAGAACUGAGUGAGCUGAGCCACCCACGGCAAGCAUUUUCUCAAGUUUACCAUCUCUGUUCGGAGCAGUGAGAGGUUUUAUUGUUUCAUAUUAUGUGGUGGUGUGGAUGGUUGAAUUUGCCCUGCUUAGUGUGUUAAACCCUGGCUGGGCCCUCCGGAGAAAGAUUGACAUUUUAAGCAUGAGAAGGCAGGUGUUUCGAAGGAAUGUGUCAAGGAGAAGAAGGACAGACGAGAGAGAAGAUUUGAUGAGAGACUCUAGGAAGAGAGAGAGGGAGCUGAAAGAAAGAUAUUAAAGAAAGGGUUUUAGAGAUAGGGAAGAGCCGAAAGAAAUAUGGGUGGGUUACCGGGUGGAUUGGACUUGGGUAUGAAAUAAUUGAAAAAGUUAGAAUGUUGGUGGGUCCAAUACUGUAUGCAUAUGUUCUAUGUACCCCUUCCCCUAAUUGAUAUGCGUAAGUUGAUACAUCCUCCCUACAAGCUCCUAAUUUUAGUUCGCUUCAGUUAUGUGUCAAUCUCCUUUUCCCGCCACAGUGUUUUCCCUCCCCCAUUCCCUCAUUGGCCCAAGGAUCGCAACCCCUCCCCUUGUCUCCCUGGUGAUAAGUUACGAUUGGAGGCCACAAAGAGGAACUCCCAUUUCCCCUCCCCUCUGCUGAAGGUUUAUAAGAUCCUGAAUCCCUUUGUUCGGGGUCCAGUCCUAUCUGGCCCUGACAGUGUUGGUUAAGAUUAAAGUUGCUGUUUAACUGUCUGGCUGACUGGAUCCUCCUUUCCUGCUCUCUGCGCUCUCGCUUGGGACAUCUUAUCGCCGUUCAGCCUCCUCCCAGGGCAAAGGACCCACAAGGGCUGACUCCUCUUGAAUUGCUGAGGGGCAGCUCAGAACUACGCUUGCUCCGGUGCAUGGGCUAGCUCGGGGUGAAGCCGAGGGGCUUCGAAUUUGGCACCGCGACAAUAUUAUUCAUUCUUUAUGCUUGUGGGCAUUUUUUUUGUUGUUAAAUAAAUAUUUUUUUCCACUUUUCUCCGAAGAAGUUCUUUUUCCUGGACUGGCUGGGGAGAGGCCGUUUGGGUUUGCUUUCCAGAGGGGCGCUAUUCAGAGGUUUCUUCCCAAAUUUGCCCUAAUCCAGGACAAACACCUAACACGUCUAUGAUGGUGUACACCCGUGUAAAGGUGAUGACUUUCCAGGACUAGGAUUCUUGUUUCUUGUGGGCUUUAUUAUUAAUUUAGGAGUUUAAAUAUUUGCACAAACAAAAAUAAAAAAUACUCUGCCAUCUGUUGAUAGCUGGCAAAACUGCAGAUGUUCUUUCCUGAAACAGACUAUUUCAUCACCACACGUAAACAAUUAUCCGCUAUUUCAGUUGGCAAUAUAAAAGUAGCAAAGAAAUGCAAUGUAUUUUGAAAAUCCACCGAUUGUCAGGUAAGUAUUAUUUAUUCACCGUGUUAUUUAUUCAACUCAUAAAAGUGACGUAUGUGCUUGUAGCAAGAUGCUGGGAGUCCACAGAA